AGCAAAAACAUAGCAAUCUUUUUUUUUUCAACCGAGAAAUACCUUUCUUAUUGUUUGUACUUUUGUUGUUUGUUGUUAUUGUUCGUUUCCUCACUCUUCUUCUUCCAUCAACCUAAUCACACACUAUUUUGCAAAAACUUGCCACUGAAUCACUAGUUACUACUAUAAUUCAUUCAAUUUCAUGUUCGUAAUCAAAAUCAAACCCCUUUUGACAAAUCUUUCAAACAAGAACAACAAAGAAUGACAACAACUUCAAAAACAAUCUCAGCAGCACUAAAACUCAUCGACAACAAGAAAGAAAACCUCAAAAAAGCAUACGAUGAUCUUCAAUCACACUCUUCUCAUCUCUCUUCCUUCCCUCUUUCAUGGCCUGACAUUGAUUCUCACUUCACCACUCUCCACAACACUCUCUCUCAACGUUUCCUUCACCUUCAAUCCCUAGAAUCACAAUUCCAACAAAAUCACAACGACCCAUCAAUCUCUUCUUCAAAAUUAUCCACCACAAAACCCAAAAAUCAAAACUUUUCAUCAAUCAAUAAUGACCCAUCUUCGAAUUCUAACCCUACAAUUCAAAACGGUGCAGUUUCAGGGUCUAUAACUCAUUUGGAAGGGUUGAGUGCAUUGUGCAAGAAGAAUGAUGGAAAAGGGUUAAGGGAUUUCAUUCGUGUGAAUUUUAAGGAUAAGGUAACAAUCAAGGAUGAACUUCAGAUUGCUUUUAAAUGUGCAUCAAAUCCUGCAGAUAUGGUUCUUGAUGCACUUGAUGGUGUUUUUGGUGCAAAUGCAGUGGUUGAUGGAAAGGAAUUACCUCGUUUGAAUAAGAGAAGUUGUAAUUUUUUGUUUCAGCAGUUGAGGGUUUUUUCUCCUUAUGUUAGUUUUGAUGUUAGGAAGAAAGCUAAGAGAUUGUUUAGUCUGUGGAAGGUUAACUUGGUGAAUGAUGUUCAUGAAUCAUGUUGGACCAUGGCUUUUUUGCAAUUUGUUGCUGUGUAUGAUUUUUUGCCUGAAUUGAAUGUUGGUGAGCUUGCUGCUUAUUCUGCUACUGCUGCUACUAAUGAUGAACUGCCUGACCUGUAUCAGAUUAUUGCUUUGUCAGAUAGAGUUCAAGAUGUUAUUCAGAAACUUAUUGAAAGGGGCAAACAAAUUUUGGCUGUCAAGUUUAUUUUUCACUUCAAACUUACUGAGAAGACCCCACCCGUUCCUGUUUUGAAAGCUUAUGUGAAUGAUGCGGAGAAACUUGCUAAAAGACUCGCCUCCGAGGGAAAGUCGCUGAAUGAGAUAAAAUCUAGAGAAAUUCAUGCACUGAAAUCAGUCAUUAAGGUUAUUGAGAGUUACAACCUUGAUUCUGAGUUUCCGCGUGCAAGCAUUGAACGGCGUAUAGAAGAAUUGAGCAAGCAGCGCAAGGUUGGUGGAAAACCCGUUGCGCCAGCUUUUGCUGCAAUGCCUCUUCAGCAUCCACAACAACAACUAAGUGGGAUCAAGCGUCCUCUAACAUCUGCUCCAUUCGGUCCAGCACCUGUCCUUAAUAAUGCCGGUGGCACCCCUUCAACCAUACACCAAUACCAACAACCUCAUUUCCAGUCAACAAGUUUGUUGCCGGAACAUCCAAAUCCAUACAUGAGUAUGCCGCCAACCACGCCAUUUGGCAUGAAGGCGGCAACUCCAACAGUUUCUUCCUAUACAGGUCCUUCAACUGGGCCUUAUGGUCUUGAUGGUGUCCCAAUGGGUCCUAUUGGCAACCUCAAUCAAGGUGGUUCUCAUCUGAAUUCAUCACAGCCACAGGUUAUGCCUGGUUAUUAUGUGCCGAUGGGUCCUAAUGGCAACCUCAGUCAAGGUGGUUCUCAUCCGAAUUCGUCAGAGCCACGAGUUAUGCCUGGUUAUUAUGCCACAAUGGGUCCCAGUGGCAACCUCGAUCAAGGUGGUUCUCAUCCAAAUCCGUCUGAGCCACAAGUUAUGCCGGGUUAUUACGAUAGUAUGUCUGCCUCCGGUGGUUAUGGUCUGCAACAUUAUUACGGAACAUCUUAUCCUCAAUAGGUUAAGCAAUUGCUUUAUUUUUUAAUACUGAAUUCCUAGGUUGAUAUUAUAGUUUCUUGCACUUUUGGCUUUCGGUUAUAGAAGCAGAACUUGUUUUAGUGUUCACUAAGAUUAUAUGAAAGGAAUUAGAUUAAACAUUUAAGAAUCACAAGGAUUGUUCGUCAUGAUCAUCUUUGAACUUUGUUCUC